AUCCAGUCCCCUCAACUGCUUGCCGUCCUCUGGCUCUAAGGUCAAGACAUCUCGUACUUCACUCUUUUCUUUUAUGCCGCUUCACUUAGAAUUGAGAUCAUCAGUGAUUCAUCAUCAACAUAAGAAGAUCAAGCUACCGUUCCACAAGUUAAUUUUAACAAAGAACAUUUGAUAUUAUCCAAGAGAGAAAUAAUGAAUAAUUUUCAGUACAGCUAAGCUUUCCAGUUUGAUAGAUGCUAGCUAGUGCUAUGGUUUGGAGAAAAAUCCAACCAGGAACUAAUACCACAUUGCUAAUGCAAAGGAGUUUAAUACUGAACAAUGGACAGCAUGCCAUAUUUAACCUCUUUUGUCUUCAUGCUUUCUGGGAUUUGAAUUCAAAUCUGAUUCAGUGGUUCCAAAGAAUGCUAUGAUUGAUAAUUAAUUUUUAUUAACUGAUCACACUACAUGUGUAUUUGAAAUGCAAAAAGCGUAUGACAGAGAGGUUUUGGUAACCUUUGAAUGCUUUCCUGCAGUUGGUAAUAAAAACUGGACAAUGAGAGUAACGGGAUGUGCUUUCUUAUGGGUGCUGGCUUCACUGCUGUGCUGUCAAUUAAUAACUUCUGCAGAACAUGAGGAUAUAGUGAAGCAUGCAAUAAAGCUACAUCGUGGGAAGGGAGCUGCUACUACUCAGAGGAAGCAGUGGCUUGUAGAAAAUUGCAGAAAGCUCUCUGGUCUCCUUCGUCAAAAGAAUGUGGUUCUCAACAAACUUAAAAGUGCAAUAAGAGCCGUGGAAAAGGACUCUGGGCUGUCACUUGAAGAGAGGACUUUUCAGGUCCACACAUUUGAAAUUUUCCAAAAGGAACUGAAUGAAAGUGAAAAUUCAGUCUUUCAAGCAAUCCAUGGACUCCAAAGAGCUCUUCAAGGUGAUUAUAAAGAUGUUGUGAACAUGAAAGAAAGUAGUCGGCAGCGACUAGAAGCCUUGAGAGAAGCUGCAAUAAAGGAAGAAACGGAAUAUGUUGAACUUCUAGCAGCAGAAAAGCAUCAAGCUGAAGCCCUGAAAAACAUGCAGCAUCAAAAUAAGAGUCUGUCCAUUCUUGAUGAGAUUCUCGAAGAUGUUAGAAAAGCAGCUGAUAGGCUGGAAGAGGAGAUAGAAGAGCAUGCCUUUGAUGACAACAAGUCAGUGAGAGGAGUUAAUUUUGAAGCUGUUUUAAGAGUGGAAGAGGAUGAAGCCGACACAAAAAGAAAUGUUUCAAAAAGAGAAGUAGAAGAUGAUUUGGGUCUAAGUAUGCUUAUUGACUCCCAAAACAAUCAGUACAUACUUACUAAACCCAGAGACUCGACCAUUCCACGUGCUGAUCACCAUUUUAUAAAGGAUAUUGUGACCAUAGGAAUGUUGUCUUUGCCUUGUGGCUGGUUAUGCACAACAAUAGGAUUGCCUACUAUGUUUGGGUACAUCAUUUGUGGAGUACUUUUGGGACCAUCAGGAUUAAACAGCAUUAAGUCAAUUGUACAGGUAGAGACAUUGGGAGAAUUUGGUGUAUUCUUCACCCUGUUUCUGGUUGGCCUGGAGUUUUCACCUGAAAGAUUAAGAAAGGUGUGGAAGGUAUCAUUGCAAGGACCCUGUUAUAUGACGCUGAUGAUGAUUGCAUUUGGCUUACUGUGGGGACACUUACUACAGAUUAGAGCAACUCAGAGCGUUUUCAUUGCUACUUGUUUAUCAUUAUCAAGCACACCGUUAGUAUCCAGAUUUCUAGCAGGAAGUUCUCGAGGAGAUAAGGAAGGUGAUAUUGAUUAUAGCAGUGUUCUACUUGCAAUGUUGGUAAUGCAGGAUGUACAGCUUGGCUUGUUUAUAGCUAUCAUGCCAACACUUAUUCAAGCUGGAGUUGGCACACAUUCUAGCAUUGUCAAGGAAAUACUGAGGAUAUUGACGCUGAUUGGACAGAUUCUCUUUUCAUUGGCUGCUGUCUUCUUUAUAUGUCUUGUUUUAAAGACUUAUCUAAUAGGACCAUACUACCGCAAGCUGCAUAUGGAAAGCAAAGGAAAUAAAGAAAUUCUAGUCCUAGGAAUAUCAGCGUUUAUGUUUCUUAUGCUAAUGGUUACAGAAUUAUUAGAUGUUUCAAUGGAACUUGGAUGUUUUCUAGCAGGAGCACUUAUUUCUUCUCAGGGUCACAUGGUUACCGAAGAGAUCAUGUCCUGUAUUGAACCAAUACGUGACUUCCUUGCCAUCAUAUUCUUUGCAUCAAUAGGUCUUCAUGUUUUCCCUACAUUUGUAAUAUACGAACUCACAGUCCUACUGUUCCUUACACUUUCAGUUGUAAUAAUGAAGUUUUUCCUGGCAGUCCUUGUCCUUUCUCUGAUUCUUCCAAAGAGCAGCCAGUACAUCAAAUGGAUUGUAUCUGCAGGUUUGGCUCAAGUCAGUGAGUUUUCCUUUGUCUUGGGAAGUAGAGCACGCAGAGCAGGGAUAAUUUCUCGAGAGGUCUACCUCCUUAUAUUGAGUGUAACUACUCUAAGUCUGUUGCUUGCACCAGCCUUGUGGAGAGCUGCAAUUAUGAAAUGUGUACCAAGACCAGAAAGACGAUUAAGCUCUUGAAGAUGUUUAUUACAGAAGCUUUCAUGUAGGACAUGUCUCUGUAGCCAUUCCAUUUUUCUAGAUAGAAAAGAAAUUGUUUCAUGUUCCUCUUUUAGAAGCUGUACACUGAUUAAACAAAAUACAUUUUCCAUAACACAUUCUUAUUUUUAUAAUAUGGAAGAAUAUGUGUUACAUUGUUUAUGCAAAAUCGGAUUUUUCUAAAAACUAUAAAUCUAAUCAUUGACUACUGUGCCUUUUUUGAACAUUGUGUUCGCUGAAGAGAACUUAAUUAACAUUUUAUGGUGCCCAUGGUACUGUUAUAGAACUCUGAAAUACAUUUUACUAGUCUAGUAUAAGCCACAAGUCAUGUAUUUUCUGUGGCAUAUAAAGUUUGUUUUUUUAUUUCAAAGGUAAGGUUGAAAAUUAUGAAAUCUAUUUAAGGAUUUAAAAUUCAUAUGCCUACAGAACAGUAUUUCCUCUGAUGUUUCCAUUUCAUUGUCUUGUAGUUAUUGUAACUUUGAUCAUACUGUAAUUGUUGAUUGAUAAAUAAUUUAUUGUGAUUAGAAAAGUCCUGUUGAAAUUUGUUAUCAAGAAUCAGUGUUAUGUGAAUUGUUUGAGACCAAAACUCAAUAGAAAUUGAAAAAAAAUCAGGGAUCAUAUAUUUAGGUUUUGUUUCUUCACCAGAUAGGCUAUUCAGCUAACAGCAAGAAGAAAUAACUUCAGUGUUUUCAAAAACUUUAUAACUCAGAAAAACAACCUCAAAGAGAAGAAUGAUAAUAAAUGCUUAGCUAUUAUACUUUUGAAUUAUAACUGAAUAUGUAAAUA